UUUUAAACACUCUCUAGGUAUCCAAUGAAAUCUACUAAAGCUUCCCCGCGCCUGACCCCUCGUCGCCCUAAUCCCUACUGUCUUUAAUUUGUCUUGGUUGCUACAUAGUAGUUGAUGAUUAAGAUCAGCACCCGGCGCCUUGCACCAAAUUUACCCCAUCUCGGGUAUUAUGAAUUACCUAAGCGCGCAGAGUUCGAGCUGGCCCGGAGAGCGUGACCCUUCUCAUCAGGAUGUCGCCUCGGCCAGUGAACGCCCUGAUCCCACUCUCCUAUCCGACUUUAAGAGAGCCUUGCUAGCUAGUAGCGAUGCGAUUGGAACAGAGAAACUCUUCCACAUGGACCUUAGGAACCAUAUUUAUACUCCGACGAAGAAGUACACGUACCCCGUAGCUCUCCUAUCACGCUUUCCGAGAUUGCCAGCAGAUGACCGUCUGUCCCAUUUAUCUCGGGCUUUUUAUAAUGGCUGUUUAGACCAUGUCUUCUUUAGACAACUUCCCGUGUCGGCCGUAGCCCGGGAACCACUUGCCCCGCCCUUACGAUUUGCUAUCGCUUGUCUUGGCUCGGUGUGUAGCGGUGGUGAUGCCGAAGAAGGUCGGAGCAUCUAUCAGGCUGGUGCAAGUCUCUGGCCAGUUAUGGUGGAAGUAGAUAAUGGGCUUGCCAGAUCAAUUGAAAUGCUUUUAGCGGCUGCUCUUCUCAUACCAUAUGGUGUACUAGCCGCUGAGGAACCUCUUCAGAGAAGAUCCGCGCUUAUUAUAUCUUCAUCUCUAACAAUUGCUCGUCGUAUGCAGUUGCAUAAUCCAGGACGGUUAGAUCCAGGCAUUCAACAGCGAAUAUUAUCAUAUAGUCCUAUGCUUUGGUUACUUUGGUUAUGGGACGUUCUGCAGGCCGUUCACUCAAACUUGUCCCUGAAUUUCUCGCCUGACGAAAUAUCGACGAAUAUGCCUUCCUCGAACAUUCCGUUUCAGGACGUCUACCGGAAUCUCCUACAGGGUCCUAGCGUAGAGGGUCAAACCCUUCUCUCGACAAUGGGCGCCAGUUCGAGGGAGCAAGCUAUCCUCCUACUUCUUGCUAUCCUCUCCGACUCUAUUACCCUACGUCGGACCCUUGGAAGCGCUGCCAAUGUCAUUAACUCGGUUCAAAUAACCUCGUAUAAACACAACCCUUUUGUCCCCCUUUCCGCCCAUACGGAACUCGAGCGUAUGCAAAGUCGGCUUUCUAAAGCACUGGAUCAAUGGUAUAUUAAUUUCAGUGGUUCCAUGAGCCCUGAUGUGAUAGCAUUCUUCCAUUACUGCAGACUAUAUCUCUCCUGUCCGGAAAUUUCCAGUCUUUCACGACUGGCCCAAUAUGAUAUAUCAUCGAACCAACACCAGAUCCUGGCUAGCGCUGCGGCUGCUACGAAUACUAUCGAUAUAUCGAGCCAGUCACUAGAUCAUGCCUGGGCCUUACUCGACGUCGUAGCCGCAUGCCAAAAAUCAGACGGAAUCUUGUGUCAAGCUUGGAUGCCAAUAAUUGUAUUCCACGCUGCCCUUGUGGUCUGGGCGAAAGUCAGCUUCAGUACAGGGGGCGACAGGGAUACAUACGGGAGUAGAAGGGUAUUGCUGGCAUUCAAGAUGGAGCUUGAGACUAUGCAUUGGCCAUGUUGCACCAAGAUGGCGAUGACUCUGCAGAGAUUAAUGUCUGCAUAAGUUAGUGAAAGGAUUGUAUUAACUACCUCCUAACCUAGAUACCUGUCGAACAAACCGCUAUACCACUAAAAGG